UAAUUCCUAGGUGCUGCAGUAGAGGUUUGCAGAGCGCCACAGCCCAGCCCAAAGCGGGUGGAAGGUGACACUGAGUCGGGAAGUCAUGCGCUCUAGGGAUCACUAUCCUGAGAGAGGACCGGAAUAAAGAAGAGCUGAGCGCUUAGAGGCGCUGUCCCUUAGUAACGUUACACGCAGGGGUUGUGCUCAAGAGUUGGACCCACAUUUGCCCGACAUUGGAGAAACUGGCCUCCUCCAGCUGGGCGGGAAGCCCGGAGGAGAGGCGUCUCUGUGCCACCAGGGGGCGCCGCGAGGGCCUCAGAGGCCACCGAGCCAGCCAUGGCGGCGCCCCGGGUGCUGCUGCUGCUGUCCGGGCGCCCGGAGUCGGUGAGCUUCGCGCAGAGCGUGUGCGGCCUCCUAGGCGCUGGCCCAGGGCUCGGGCCGUGGCCCACGCACUGCAGCUUGAAGCGAGGACAGCUCAUCCUCUCGGACAGGCCGUCCCCGGAGGCCUCGGACAGGCUUCCGCUCCAGCGACCCCCUUUCUGCCCUUUUGCGGCCCUGGCCCAGCAGCCCAUGGUCCCUAAGGCCACGCUGCCCACGAAUCGAGGUGUGGACCUGGGUGUGGCCGUCCUUCUACAGUCCGGCGACCAGACUGUCUUGUUGACCCGAAGGACACGCAUUCUCAGAAUCUCCCCCAACCUCUGGGUACCCCCAGGUGGACACGUGGAGCCUGAGGAGGAGGUAUCUACCGUUGUUGGAUGGAGGGCUUCGAGAGCUAUGGGAGGAGUGCGGACUACAGCUGCCCGAGGACCAGUUCUCCUGGGUCCCUCUGGGGCUAUGGGAGUCUGCCUACCCACCACGGCUAAGCUGGGGUCUCCCCAGAUAUCACCACAUUGUUCUCUAUCUACUCGUGAUCUCCCAGGAGUCACAGCAGCAGCUGCAAGCCCAGAUCCAACCAAACCCAGGAGAGGUGAAUGCCCUUAUGUGGCUGGGACCAAAGGUAGCGGCUGCAGUGGCAGCUACAGAGGAUGGGACAGAGACAGCUGGCUUUCUCCACCAGGACCUGCCACCCUCUGUCCCUGCCAUACAGCUAGAAGAGGAUGGAGGAGCCCGACCUGUGGCUGUGCCCAUGUCCACACUGCUGCAGACGACACCAGCCACAGCAGAGGACAAAGAGAGGGUCAGCACCGGAACCAAGUUUGCUCUCAGGCUCUGGCUGCAACACCUGGGCAGGUAAAGGUGAGGGCCCCACAGUGGAGGAGAGGAAGGAAGAACUGUCCUCAGAGAGCCCUGGGUAAUGUCCCCACCAAGUGAAAGUGGGACCUGGAGCCAGCAAAGGACGGAACAUGGACCCUCCUCCCCCAAACCAGAGAUCUGGAAAGUGAAGGGCAUCGCUCCCUCCCCAGUCCACCUCAUGACACUCAUGAACAUUCACAACCUUUAUUGUGG